AUGUCUAUUGCCGCAUCGGCUGUUAUUGCUGCCCCAGCUCAAGGGUCCAAGCAUAUUCACCACAAGGACAAGAGAGCCGCUGUGACAGUUACCCAGUACAUGGACCAGAACGGUAAUGUUAUUGCUGAUCCAGGUGCUGUUGCUACUGUUGCAGACCAGGUUGGUGAGAAGAACGUUGUCCAGGCCACUUCUUCUGCAGGCGCUCAAACUACUUUGAGCCCAACCACCACCACCUCUGAGGAAUCUGCUCCUACUUCUACCUCGAGCUCUGCCCCAUCGAGCUCAUCUAGUUCCUCCGGCUCAUCUAGCUCCUCUGGCUCCUCUGGCGUCGAUGGUGAUUUGUCCAAUUUCUCUGGCCCAACUGAGGAGUUCCAGGACGGUACCAUCUCAUGUUCGGACUUCCCAUCCGGCCAAGGUGUCGUUGCAGUUGACUGGAUCGGCAUGGGCGGCUGGGCCUCCAUCAUGGAUAUGGACGGUAACACCUCCAACUCUUGUAAGGACGGUUUCUACUGCUCUUACGCUUGUCAAGCCGGUAUGUCCAAGACCCAAUGGCCAGACCAACAACCUUCUGACGGUAAGUCCGUCGGUGGUUUGCUGUGUAAGAACGGUAAGUUGUACCGUUCCAACCAAAACUCCAAGUACUUGUGUGAAUGGGGCCGUCAAUCCGCCAAUGCCGUGAACAAGAAGGACUCCCCUAUCGCCUUGUGUAGAACUGACUACCCAGGUUCCGAAAACAUGGUUGUUCCAACUGUCGUCCAAGGAAACUCCAAUAAACCAAUUGCCGUUGUCGACGAGGACUCAUACUACAAAUGGCAAGGAAAGGCCACUUCCACCCAAUACUAUGUUAACAACGCCGGUGUUUCCGUCGAAGACGGUUGUAUCUGGGGUACUGCUGGUUCUGGUGUCGGUAACUGGGCCCCAGUCGUCUUGGGUGCCGGUUACAUUAACGGUAUCACUUACUUGUCUAUCAUUCCAAACCCAAACAACAAAGACGCUCCAAACUACUCCAUUAAGAUUGAAGCUGCUGAUGGCGCUUCUGUUAACGGUGAGUGUUCUUACAUCGAUGGUAACUACUCUGGUGGUAGUGGCAGUGACGGUUGUACCGUUUCUGUUACUUCUGGUACCGCCAACUUCAUCUUCUACUGA